AUGUUCAGAGACUCCACGGGUGUGCUCGUCCUCGCUCGAGGUUUUGUCGGAAAUGGCCUAAGAUGUGUUGAUAUAAAUGAAUGCAAUGAAGACAAUGCCUGUGACCCCAAUUCUUUAUGUAUUAACAGGCUUGGAAGUUAUGAGUGCUCCUGUCUGGAGGGGUUUGUGGGAGAUGGCAGAUCGUGUGAUGAUAUUAAUGAGUGCGCAACACCAAACAUCUGCCCUCCUAUCACAACCUGCGUCAACACCGGCGGUUCAUAUUUCUGUGACUGCGGCAGUGGCUUCAUCUUUAAUAACUCUGAGUGCCGUGACCUGGAUGAAUGUGAAGCAGGCCCUUGCAGCCCCGACUCUGUCUGCACUAAUUCACCCGGUUCCUUCACAUGCCGCUGUGCAGCAGGUUACAGGGGAGAUGGCUUCACAUGUUCGGAUGAGGAUGAAUGUUCCCUUUCUACUUUGUGUCACUCCAAUGCCCUUUGCACUAAUCUGCCUGGUACCUUUAACUGCACCUGUCAGGUGGGUUACUCUGGAGACGGUUUGAUCCAGUGUAGCGAUGUGAACGAGUGUCUUGUGGAUAAUGGAGGCUGUAAAAACAAGGCUUCGUGUGUGAACGGCAUAGGCUCAUUCACUUGCCUGUGCCAGCAGGGAUUUGUUUUGGUCAACCGGACUCUUUGUCAGGAUGUAAAUGAGUGUGACGAAAAGGAAGAUCCUUGUGGUGUCAAUGAAAAGUGCAAAAAUAUAGAUGGUUCAUAUGAAUGCCCCUGCCAGGCUGGAUAUUACCGCUCUGCCACCAACAUAGACUGCGUUGAUAUUGAUGAGUGUAAAGCGAAUCCUUGCCAUGUUAAUGCGACAUGCCUCAACACAAUCGGUUCCCACACUUGCACCUGCAAGCGGGGCUUUGCAUUCAAUGGCACACAAUGUGAUGACGUUAAUGAGUGCUCUGUGACGGGCACGUGCCAUCCACGGGCACUAUGCAUCAACUUUAUUGGAGAUUUCUUCUGCUCAUGCCAGGAGGGUUUCAUGGGUGACGGCUUCUCCUGCCAAGAUGUGGACGAGUGCAUUCUCUUACAUAGUGUUUGUCCAGAUUUCUCUAAGUGUGUGAACUCCCCCGGAGCACACGUUUGCUCAUGUUUGAAUGGUACAGUAGCUCGAAAUGACACUUGUGUGUCACCGAGUUCACUCUGUGAACCAGGGUGCCACAUUCAUGGCCUGUGCCAUAGCUCACCUGCUGGACACCAAUGUGUGUGCGACCUGGGAUACAUUGGUGAUGGCCUGGCUUGCGUUGAUAUAGAUGAGUGCCAGAGGGAAAAUAUUUGUCCUGAAAAUGACACAGAAUGUUUGAAUGUCCCUGGUUCAUACACCUGUGUUUGCAAACAAGGCUACAUUCUCAGUGGACUUCAGUGUGCUGGACACAGGUCUGGGCUGCAGACAGGCCAGUCUAGUACCCGCAUUCAAGAAGCCAUGCUGUUGUAA